CAAUCUUACGAUCAGAGAUGAAUUUUUUUCCCUUAGAUGAAGACUAUAUCUACAUGUUACUGCAUUUUGCUAUUUGAUAGUCCCAUCUCUGUUUCUGUGUGCUACAAGUAAGAAAACUGCCAAAUGUAGAAAUAAGUGGCAAUACUUUGUCAUUAUCUAGUACCUGUAUUAUAAUCUAACUGUACUAAAUUGCAGUAGUGAUUUUUAAGUAUGUGAAGAGUGCAAUUUUGUUUAAUCUAGAACUUUUUAAUUCCCUAACAUUAAAAGUGUGAUAUUUGUAUACAAAGAAGUUAAUAUAGGCAUACCAAAUUAAUUUCACAGUUUUCAUUUUAGUGCCUCAUAGAGAUGAGCUCUGGAUAUUGUACUUAAUAGGUAACAGGAAAGCUUGGAAAGGGUUUUGAAGGAAAGCCAUAAAGAAAAAGAAAAGAUUUAAAGGAGGGGUCUGUUGUAAAGGACUAAGACACUCAGCUGCUUAGCCUUUGGGUGAGAAUAGAGAACACUUAAUGGUGUGUCUCAGCAAAGGAUAUUCUUAGAAGACUAUAGUCAGCAUGUUUUCUUCUCUACUAUGUCCUUAAAAAGAGAAAAAUGAAUUUAAAUGUAAGAAAAUAUGGCAGCUCCCCUGCCCACCUGUGUCUAUGCAGGUGUUUCUUUUCACCAACCUCUCCCUUUGCAAAGCAGGGAGGCAGCCCUCCUCCCGAGACCGCCUGCCUGUGUCUAUGCAGGCCUCUCUUAGCAGCGCUGUCCUCCUUGGGGGCUUUUUCUGCCCACUUGUAUCUGUGCAGGGUAUAAUAAACCUGCCUUUUUGGAUAUAACUAAAGGUCUCUGCAUUGUGGGGAAACUUGCCUGGGCAAACUUGCUAUAUGCCGCUGAAAGGAGAGCUCUGAUAAAACCUUUCUCAGAGAUAACCCAAAGACCCCACUCUCUGAACCCCACACCUCUCCAAACUGACAUCAGUAACUGUUUUUCCCCCUCUAGACAGUGAACCUUUUCUGUGCACAGUACACUAAAAACUUUUUUAUACCUUGUCUUCAAUUCUUACCUCUAGAAAAACAAAAAGAAACUAUCACAACAAGCACUUUUGAAUUCCAGUCUUAGAUGACCAAGAAUGAAAGACUUAAAAAACUUUGUACCGAUCUAGAAGAAAAGCAUGAAGCAUCAGAGCUUCAAAUAAAGCAGCAAUCUACAAGUUACCGAAAUGAAUUACAACAGAAAGAGGUAGAAAUCAGCCAUCUUAAAGCAAGACAGAUUGCACUACAGGAUCAAUUACUGAAGCUGCAGUCAGCUACUCAGUCAGUAAAUUCAGGGGCGAGCAGCAUGCCAGCAACCACCACAUCAUCUUCAUUCGGUUAUGGUAUGAGUCAUCACACAUCAGCUUUCCACGAGGAUGACAUGGACUUUGGUGAUGUAAUCUCGUCACAACAAGAAAUAAACAGAUUAUCAAAUGAAGUUUCAAGACUUGAGUCUGAAGUUGGUCAUUGGAGGCAUAUUGCUCAGACUUCUAAAGCACAAGGAUCAAAUAACUCUGAUCAAAGUGAAAUCUACAAACUGCAAAAUAUCAUUAAGGAGCUUAAACAGACUCGAAGCCAGGAAAUCGAUGACCAUCAACAUGAAAUGUCAGUAUUGCAGAAUGCACAGCAACAGAAACUGACAGAAAUAAGCCGUCGGCAUCGAGAAGAGUUACGGGACUAUGAAGAAAGAAUUGAAGAAUUGGAAAAUCUGUUACAGAAAGGUGACUCGGAAUUUACAGUAACUGAUCACUCUAAAAUCCAUGAGAUGCAAAAUACUAUUCAUGUUCUACAAACUGAAAAAGUUGAAUCUACAAAGAAAGUUGGAGAACUUGAGGAUAAAAUAAAAGACAUAAGUAAAGAGUUAUCUUCUGCAGAAAAUGACAGAGAGGUUUUGAGGAAGGAACAAGACCGACUAAAUGUGGAAAACAGACACAUGAUUGAGGAAUGUACACGCUUGAAACUGGAAUGUAGCAAAUUGCAGACUUAUGCCAUGAAGCACAGUGACGCUGUGGCAGAAGGGGAAGGCGUUCUUCCUCAGAGGGCAUCAAUAGAAGAAGAGCUGUUCAGACUGCAGCAAGCAUUGUCUGAUGCUGAAAAUGAAAUAAUGAGAUUGAGUAAUUUAAACCAGGGUAACAAUCUCGCUGAAGACAAUCUGAAACUUAAAAUGCAUGUUCAAGUUUUAGAAAAUGAGAAUUCAUUAUUAAGUCAAGAAAAGGAGGAGCUUCAAAAGUCACUUUUAAAAUUGAACAAUGAAUGUGACGUAAUUAAAAAUGCAGCAACAAAAGAAAUACAUGAUUUAAGACUUAAUUUGGAGGCAAAGGAAGAAGAACUCAAUCAGAGUAGUAAAGAAAAGGAGAUACUGAUAGCUGAAAUAGAAGAAUUGGACAGACAGAACCAAGAAGCUACAGAGCACAUGAUUUUGAUAAAAGAUCAGUUGUCAAAACAACAAAAUGAGGGUGAUAGCAUCAUCGAUGAACUGAAAAAAGAUCUAAAUGAUGAAAAAGAGAGAGUUCAUCAACUUGAAGAUGAUAAAAUGAGUAUUACUGAAGAGUUAAACAUACAGAAAGAAAAGCUAAUGCAAAAUGAACUGGUCCUAAAUGAUUUGCAUCUAACCAAGCAAGAACUUGAGGGUAAAGUAGAAGAAUUAGUCGAUCAACUAAAUCAGUCACAAAAUAGUAAUUUAAACAUCCAGAAGGAAAAUUUUGAACUUAAGGAACAUAUUAAACAAAAUAAGGAAGAACUUAGUAGAGUUAGGAGUGAGUUAACUCACUCUCUUAAUGAAGACUCUAGCAGUAAUUUUAAGGAAGAUUUGCUUGAAGAAAGGGAAGCCGAAGUCAGAAAUUUAAAGCAAAAUCUUUCAGAAAUAGAACAACUAAAUGAACAUUUUAAAAAGGCUGCUUUUGAUCUCAAAAUGGAAAAUGAAAAGCUGAUUUUAGCAUGUGAAGAUGUAAGGCAUCAGUUGGAAGAAUCCACCACUCGCAACAAUCAGCUUUCUCUGGAACAGAACACUGUUGUAGAGGCUCUGAAAAUAGAAAAAGGACAGUUAGAAGCAGAACUGUGUCAGGCCAAAAUGAGGCUAUCUGAAGAAGUGAACAGGUAUGAGCAAACCAUUGAAGAACUGUCAGAUGCAGGUAAGCUGAGAACCUCUACUGUACAGCUGGAACAUGAGCGUUUAGUUAAACUCAGUCAAGAGAAAGACUUUGAAGUAGCAGAACUCAAAAAGAAUAUUGAGCAGAUGAAUGCUGCUCAUAAAGAAACCAAAAAUACUUUGUCAUCUAGUUUAGAAGAGCAGAAGCAAUUAACACAACUUAUAAAUGAGAAAGAAAUUUUUAUUGAAAAACUUAAGGAAAAAAGUUCAGGGUUGCAGGAUAAGUAUACUGAGGCCUUAAGAAAAAAUGAUAUUUUAAAACAAACCAUAGAGGAAAAAGACAGAAGUCUUGGAUCCAUGAAAGAAGAAAAUAAUCAUCUAAAAGAAGAACUGGAAAGAUUCAGGGAACAGCAGAGUCGAACUGCACUUGUUGCUGAACCUAAAACCCUUGAUUGCAUCACAGAGCUAGAAUCGGAGGUGUCGCAACUGAAUAUAAUAAAGGAUAAUCUUGAAGAAGAAAUAAAACUCCAUCAAAAAAUAAUUGAAGAUCAAAACCAGAAUAAGAUGCAACUACUUCAGUCUUUACAGGAGCAGAAAAAGGAAAUGGAUGAGUUUAAGUACCAGCAUGAACAAAUGAAUGUCUCACACACCCAGCUCUUCUUAGAGAAAGACGAGGAAAUUAAGAAUUUGCAGAAAACAAUUGACCAAAUCAAAACUCGGUUGCAUGAUGAACGACAGGACAUUCAAACAGAGAAUUCUGAUAUUUUUCAAGAAACAAAAGUUCAGAGCCUUAAUAUAGAAAAUGGAAGUGAAAAACAUGAUUUAUCUAAAGCUGAGACGGAAAGAUUAGUAAAAGGACUAAAAGAAAGAGAAUUAGAGAUUAAACUUCUAAAUGAAAAGAAUAAAUCUUUAACGAAACAGAUUGAUCAGCUCUCCAAAGAUGAGGUGGGUAAAUUAACUCAGAUUAUACAGCAGAAAGAUGUGGAGAUACAAGCUCUUCACGCAAGAAUUUCUUCAUCUCCCUACACCCAGGAUGUUGCUUACCUUCAACAACAGCUGCAGACAUAUGCUAUGGAAAAAGAGCAAAUUGUAGCUGUUUUGAAUGAGAAAACGAGGGAAAACAGCUAUCUAAAGUCAGAAUAUCACAAAAUGGUGGACAUAGUUGCUGCCAAAGAAGCAGCCCUCAUUAAGCUGCAAGAUGAAAAUAAAAAAUUGUCAACUAGCUUUGAAAGUAGUGGUCAAGACAUGUUUAGAGAAACUGUCCAGAAUUUAUCACGUAUCAUUCGUGAAAAAGACAUUGAAAUUGAUGCAUUAAGUCAGAAAUGUCAGACCUUAUUGACAGUGUUGCAAACAUCCAGCGCUGGUAACGAGGCUGGAGGGGUUAAUAGUAAUCAGUUUGAGGAACUUCUACAGGAACGUGACAAAUUAAAACAGCAGGUAAAGAAAAUGGAAGAGUGGAAACAACAGGUGAUGACUACUGUACAAAAUAUGCAACACGAGUCAGCCCAGCUUCAGGAGGAGCUCCAUCAGCUUCAGGCACAAGUUCUGGUCGACAGCGACAACAAUUCUAAAUUACAAGUGGACUAUACUGGCCUGAUUCAAAGCUAUGAGCAGAAUGAAACCAAGCUCAAAAAUUUUGGGCAGGAAUUAGCCCAAGUCCAGCACAGCAUAGGACAGCUUUGUAACACCAAAGAUCUUCUCUUGGGAAAACUUGAUAUCAUUUCACCUCAGCUCUCGCCUGGGUCAUCACUUGCUGCUCAGUCAGCAGAGUCUCUUCAAACAAUUAAAUGUGAUUCAUCAUUGAGUGACUCUUCUAAAUUGUUUCAACAAGAGAUAGAAGAGCUCAGGAAAUCCCUGCAGGAAAAAGAUGCAACAAUUAGAACUCUCCAGGAAAAUAACCACAGAUUGUCUGAUUCAGUUGCUGCUACCACGGAGCUUGAAAGAAAAGAGCAUGAACAAACUGACUCAGAAAUUAAGCAGCUGAAGGAGAAGCAAGAUGUUUUACAGAAGUCGCUUAAAGAAAAAGACCUUUUGAUCAAAGCCAAAAGCGAUCAGUUACUUUCUUUAAAUGAAAAUUUCACUAACAAAGUGAAUGAAAAUGAACUUUUAAGGCAGGCAGUAACAAACCUGAAAGAGAGAACAUUAAUUUUGGAAAUGGACAUUUGUAAACUAAAAGGGGAAAAUGAAAAAAUACUAGAAACAUCCAGGGGGAAGGAAACAGAGUAUCAGGCAUUACAAGAGACUAAUACAAAGUUUUCUAUGAUGCUUCGAGAAAAAGAAUUUGAGUGCCAUUCAAUGAAGGAGAAGGCUCUUGCCUUUGAGCAGCUUCUGAAAGAAAAAGAACAGGGCAAGACCGGGGAGUUAAAUCAGCUUCUAAAUGCUGUUAAGUCAAUGCAGGAGAAGACAGUUGUGUUUCAACAGGAGAGAGACCAAGUCAUGUUGGCUUUGAAGCAGAAGCAAAUGGAAAAUAGUGCCAUACAGAACGAGGUUCAACAUUUACGUGACAAAGAAGUAAGAUUAAACCAAGAGCUAGAGAGAUUGCGUAACCAUCUUCUAGAAACAGAAGAUUCUUAUACCCGGGAAGCUUUGGCUGCAGAAGAUAGAGAGGCUAAGCUAAGGAAGAAAGUCACAGUACUGGAGGAAAAGCUAGCUUCAUCCUCCAGUGCAAUGGAAAAUGCAAGCCAUCAAGCCAACUUGCAGGUAGAAUCAUUGCAGGAACAAUUGGAUGUAAUCUCCAAGCAGAGGGACGAGACAGCACUGCAGCUCUCUGUCUCUCGGGAACAGGUAAAGCAGUAUGCAUUGUCACUCUCCAACCUGCAGAUGGUGCUGGAGCACUUCCAGCAAGAGGAAAAAGCCAUGUAUUCUGCUGAACUUGAAAAGCACAAACAACUUACAAAUGAAUGGAAGAAAAAGGCAGAAAGUCUAGAAGGAAAACUGGAAUCAUUACAGGAGCGUUUGGAUGAAGCAAAUGCUGCCCUGGAUUCAGCAUCGAGACUUACAGAACAGUUAGAUCUAAAGGAAGAACAAAUUGAAGAACUUAAAAAACAAAAUGAGCUUCGACAAGAAAUGCUGGAUGAUGUACAAAAGAAAUUGAUGAAUUUAGUAAACAGUACAGAAGGAAAAGUGGACAAAGUCCUAAUGAGAAACCUCUUCAUUGGACAUUUCCAUACACCAAAAAAUCAGCGUCAUGAAGUAUUACGAUUAAUGGGAAGCAUCCUGGGUGUCAAAAGGGAGGAAAUGGAGCAGUUGUUUAAUGAAGACCAGGGCGUUGUUAGCAGGUGGAUGACUGGGUGGCUUGGAGGAGGAUCGAAAAGUGUCCCCAACACACCCCUGAGACCAACUCAGCAGUCUGUGCUUAAUAGUUCCUUUUCAGAACUUUUUGUUAAGUUUCUGGAAACAGAAUCUCAUCCAUCUAUUCCACCACCAAAGCUUUCUGUUCGUGAUCUGAAACCUCUAGAUUCACCAGGAAGAAGAAAACUAGAUACAAAUGUACCAGAAAGUUUUAAAGAUACAACAGAAUCCAGGUCUGGUAGAAGAACAGAUGUGAAUCCAUUCCUGGCUCCACGUUCUGCAGCUGUGCCUCUUAUUAACCCAGCUGGACAUGGACCUGGUGGGCCUGGUCAUCUUCUUUUGAAACCCAUCUCAGAUGUGCUGCCCACAUUUACGCCUUUGCCAGUGUUACCUGACAACAGUGCUGGAGUUGUGUUGAAAGACCUUUUAAAGCAAUAGAUGAUUCUCAAGCCAGAGAUGACAUACAUAGCACUUUACAGAAAACCCACAACACUACGUGUAUGUACUUGAUCACAAAGUGGCCUUUUGGAAAAAGUCAUGUUUGUUGCAGUGUACAUUCUCUAAAUUUAAUAAAAAUAUUCUUAGUACUUUAAGAAAUGGCAGGUUUCACGGGAGGAAGCAAUAGCUAUAUUACCUGCUUUUCCUCCCUCUCUGAUUUGACCUAAUUUAAGCUAGGAGAAGCAUUUGGUCAUUUGUUUUAAUUUACAAAGUAAGUAAAAUAAAAAGGCAAAAUACUAGUAGCAAUAUAUUAGCUCUUUAGUUCCUUCUCUGCUUUUCAAGCUCAUUUAAGCUAGAAACAUGGUUUAGUAUAUUUGCUAAAGAUAAUAGAGAUUUACAAAAAUAAUAGUGAUGACUUCUGUGCCUAAUGCAGAAAAUUGACCUGAAGCACGUAUUCUUCAUGUGUCGCAGCCUCUGUGGAGGUCGCAAGCGCAGGUGUCCCUUGGAGGCCCGGGUGUCCCGGUGUGCAUUGGUGUGUUUGGUUCUGUGCAGUUUGAUCACAUGUGCAGGUUCGUGUGUCCACCAUAGUCCAGACAUCGAGCAGCUUCGUCAUAGGCGUCACCCCUUGUGACACCCUUUUAUAAUCACAGCACCUCUCCCCUGCCAUGUGCACAUCUGCCAGCCACCAACUGUGCUCCAUCUUUAUCAUUUUGACAUUUGAAGAGUGCUGUGUGUGGGCUCAUACAUUAUGUUACCUUUUGAGAUUGACUUGGUUCCGCUCACCACAAUUCCCUGAAGAUCCAUCCACAUUGCAGCACGUCUGGGCAAUUUGUUGCUGCUUCAUAGUUGAAAGUGUAUUGCAGAUGUGCUUUUGUUUUAAGAGCUGAGGUAUCUUUAUAAAGGUAUCUUUAAACUAAAAGUUUGCUCACACACAUUUGCACAAGUUUCAUGUAUAGGAAAGUAGUCAAUCAAUCAUACAGCUGCGUUUUUAUAACUAAUGAGCAAUAUCACUGAGCACGACACCGCCUGCCUGUCUGAGGUGUUGAUACGAGAGGUGCAUUAAUCCAGGAGUCAUCGUUCUCAUUGUUGUGGUCGUGGGAGCCAUGAAAUCACUUCAGCAACACCAGCACUGGGCAUUUGAUACUAAUGACAGCAUUUUAGUUUUUUAUAAACCUGUCAUAAAAAAUCCUAACUCGCAACUUAAUUAUAUCAGGAUGCUCAUGGUUGAUUCGUUGUUGAAGUUGUACAUGUAAAGACAUUUCUUGCAAAUUUUGUGAAUUUCAAUAUGCCUUGAAAAUAGAAACAUCUAUCUAACAAAGAAAGGUGAAAAUGAUACUAAUCCAAAUGUGUAAAUAGGCCUGGCUCUGGCCAAAGGUAAAUUUGGUUGUUUGUAAAUUUUGCUGUGAUUAACUGUAUAUUUUCUACUGUAUUUAGAAAAUUGGAUGUCUUUAUGUGUUGAUGGAUAAAACUUGUUUUUCUGAAGAAUUUUAGAACUGAGACAUUGCUGCCUCAAAACAUCACCUGUCUCCUUAGUUAAUUUAUUUAUGUUGCCACUCUUUAUUUAGUACACUUUAAAGGAAGUUGUCGUACAAGUUCUAUAUUAGAACUGCCAACCUGCCUCAUGUCUGUUCUGCCCAUUAUUAUUUCUCUAGGAAAUUAUUACUUACAGAUUUUUAUAUGAUCCUUUCAAAGAUACUUUCAUUGACCAUCCUAAAUUAUUUGCUGCUUGCCAUUGAAGUUUCAUUUCAGUGUUGAGCAUCUGAAAUAAAAGUUCCUAAGUUUAAAAAUAAAACACAUGAUCCUUCAUUUUGAAGAAAUAGAACAUGGAAAAUUUUUUUUUCUCUUUUAAUUUUGAGAAAGGAAAUGCAUGGUGGGCAUAUAAGUUACAUCAUAUUUUAAUUACCUUUUAUGACAUUUUGAGUUUUUCUUUUCCUGCUCAGCAGUCUGUCCCUCCUCACCCCGUAGUUUAACAUAAGUCUGAAAGCUGUUGUGGGUGGAUUGUGUAUCCACAUGGCACGUGACCUUCCACGGCUGCUAUUUAAGUAAGUACGUGCCCUUGUCCUAAAGCUGUAAUACUCCACGUUCCAGUUGUGACACCAUUGGCACUACCGCCGACUAGGAUGCGUACUAGUGUUUGUUGAUCUGAAGAGACAAACAUCUCCAUUUUCGAAACUAAAUUAUGUCAGAGAUGAACCAUCUGUACCAGGGAUCUUCUCGGCGGCCAUUCUGUGAGGCAGCGUAUCUGAUGAGUGAUGUUAGCGGGAGGACAGCAGCAGCAGAGUUGUACCACAGUGUUUUGACUGCGGUAAUUCUCCUGUUUCCUUCUCAAGAAACUUACUAGAAAUUGUGGCUGAAUUCUGCCUUAGCUGCCACAGUCUUCCAUGACAUUCCUCAUGGUGUCAACCACUAGGUGUGAUAGCAAAUCCAGCCGUUGAAUUUCAUGUUCGUGUAGUUCCAUAUCACGUGGGUGUGCUUUAGUUCCUGCCGUUACUGGUUUAAAAGGGGUGGGGGGAACAGCACCAAAACGUAACAAAAUACGGGGGGAAAGCAAUGACUUUAAUAAAACCAAUCAACUAACGUAUCAAAUAUUCCCCCAAAUAAAGGCUCCAGUUUGUCUGAACAUUGUAAUGGUUAAUUGGAAGGAGGAGAGACGCCGUGACUUACCCGGUCAGAAGACAGCGUGUCUUCAGGAUGGAAGCGGUGAGCAGCACUGAGACAGUGCUUGUUCACAUCAUGCUCAAAGCACUGACUUUGACUCUUAAAGCUAAUAAUGGUUUUCAUAUCAAAGUAUUGAAAACAUCUUACAGCAACAAAAGUUCUUUAAUUUUGUAAAUAUGAAGUGAUAUUUUGUAAAUAUGAAGUGAUUCCUAUGGAAAAAAUAAUGCACUUUUAAUUCUGACCAAAUUCCGACAUUUGUGAUUAUUUACCCGUUUUUACUUUUCCACUUAUGAAGGGUUCUCUACUUAAAAUUGACAAAUUGAAUCUACGUGUGGGAAAUUUACAACCCAAACUUAGUAAGGGGUUGUCUUUUAUAGAGCUGAAAUCAAUGCAUUUCUGAACUUCUCAGGAGCACCGCGAGGAAUAGAAAAAAAAAAAAAAAAAAACUCCAAAUAAAAAUGAUAUAUGUAAGUUGGCAAUGUUUCAUCCACAAUAAAGAAAAAAUUUUUUUAGCUAACAGCUGCUGACUUUUUCUUUAGAAGGGAGAGAAAUGACUUACACAUGUUGUUUAUAGCAGCCGUGGAUGAACCACCGAGGCUAAUGUGUCCAAGUGUUGGCCGGAUGUCUGCUGUUGGGAGACCAUCUGAGCCUUGGAAAUGUUAAGAAUGAACAACUUGGUAGAUGCUCGAGAUUGUGUAUGGAAAGGCCUGAGAGAUGGUAGCCAGCCUUUGUUGGUGGUUUUUUUGCUUCCGAGGUGAUAAGGAUUUGUGGUGUCUCAGUCUCUGCGAGAUAAUCGGUCAUGUCUGUCUGCAUUUUUUCUUUAGAUGUGGGACUUGAAUACUUUGUUUGAACUGUUCGUGUGGUAGCAGCGUUGGAAAGAACCUGGGCUUCAAAG